AUAUGUGUACAUGUUAUUUGAUAUCAGGUAGAGAUAUAUGAUUAUCCAUACAUGUUAUCAUAUAUUAACUACAGGUUCACAUUCAUCCGCCUAAAUAGGAAGUUUAAUUUACAACAAACUGGAUGUGUGAGCUAUUGGGAUUAACAGAAAUGUCCGAUCGUAACAGCUACGCUACAGCAUGGGACUGGGGAGAGUGCACUAAAGAUUACGUGGACACGUUCCUGAACUCUGAACCAGAUGGGACGUUUCUAGUGUUUAAAACAAAAGGUUCGACGGGCUUUACUCUGGCUAUCAGAAUUAAUGGAAAGAACAAAUUUGUAGAGAUAUUGCAUGAAGACGACCUGUUUGGUUUUAGUGAACCUUUGGGUUUCGAGAGUUUAAACGACGUCCUGGAUGCGUACAACUGGUCCCCACAAACAGGAAAUACACUCAUCUAUCCUGCAAUUAGAUCUGAUUCCCCCCUACAUCGUACAAAUUCACGGAGUUCCCGGUUAUCAAUGCAAGACUUGGACCCAUUAACUCUCCUCAUGGACUUACGUUGUGCAGCAAGUUUGAAGAUGAAAAAAGAUGAACGAUAUGCCGUUAUACAAGACGAACAUGAAUCUCUGGAAACGAAAUUACAGGAAGUCACCAAUUCGUUAGAUGCCAUCAACAUCCUCAUCAAAAUGAUUGAAACACAAAUUGAAAAGAGUAAAAAUGUGAAAUUCCGAUCAUCUAUUCGUUCACAGGCGUCUGAAGCAUUUGAAAGUAAUUUUCGGGAGCUCACAUUGAGGCUUUCAGAUUUAAAUAGUGAGAAACGACAAUUAACUGAGACCGUAACUGACAUACAGCAAGAGACAAACACAGUCGAAAAAGAGCGGAUGUUUAUUUACAAAGACAUGCAGCAGACGACACAAGAAAUCGGUGCGAUCAGGAGCACACUUCUCAAAAGAUAUCCACAUUUGGAGACAUUUUUGGACUGUUUGCUGAAUGAGGACAACCAGUGUAUCAGAAACAUAACAGUUUCAAGUAUUGAUAAAUCAACUGCUGAAAACAUGUUAAAAUCGAGUAAUGAUGGAACAUUUGUUGUCCGUUAUUGUAACACAGAUGCUGAUAAGCCCUUUAUCAUUAGCGUUCGCUACCAAGGGUCAACAUACCAUUUUCCUGUACUAAAGCGCGGGGAUCGUUUUGGACUAGAAGAGAGCACGUGCAUUUUCACAAGCGUUGACGAACUUGUAAACUUAUAUUCUGAAGUGUCACUGUCUAUUCACAACAGGAUAUAUGGUACAUUAAAACUGUGUGACCAUUUAUUUUGUUGAAUGAUUUAAACAAACUUGACAGAUUGUACAGUACUCGUAUUGCACUAUUUAAAAUUGUUUACUUGUUUUGAUCAAUAUUUUUUUCAAAAUAAUGUGUAUUUUAUUCUCCUUCCCAUACAUUUUAUACAAUCAUCUUUAAAUGACACCAGUCAGUAUUUAAUAUUUGUUACUUUCAAUGUGCAUCUUUAUUAUCAUUUUCAUACAUGUAUAUGCUAUUAAAACUAUACAACGUAUGAUAUAAAUCAUUGCUUGACAUGAAAAAAUAUAUGAGCCGUGUCACGACAAAACCAACAUAAUGGGUUUGCGACCAGCAUGAAUCCAGACCAGCCUGCGCAUCCGCGCAGUAUGAUUAGGAUCCAUGCUGUUCGCUAUCAGUUUCUCUACUUGUUAUAGGGUUUGUCCUGAUCAGACUGCUGUUCUGGAUGCAUGCUGGUCGCAAACGCAUUACGUUGGUUUUGUCGUGACGCAGCUCAAUUAUAUUUUAAUUCCGUCAUUCCAUAUCGUUUGUGGGAUACCUGUGUCAUAGGGUUGUUUCAACGUCAUGUUUAUGCUUAUAUCAAUAAAUUAAACGAUGUUGAUUUAUGGGAACUGUUUAUGUAUCCUCAACGUAUAAAUAUCCGUAUCAGUCAAUGCCCAUAUAAGCUUUAUUUAACUAUACACUAACCACUGACCCAUUGCAUUGUUGACCAAUUUUUGUUAAUGUAUGAAUUGAAUGUGUUACAGCGUUACAUUCGACAUUUGUUAAUAUUAUUCGUUUAGAAUAAAUCUCAGUGUAG